ACACUAUUGCUGCUAAUCGAUAUUCCCGGUAUAUCAUGUCACCCCUGUCGCGGACGCGCCCCGCCCCUCAUCUCUCAUCCGGCUGUGCGCGCGCCCCGCCCCUAGUCCUUCUUCCAUCCACUGCAGGUUGUCAAGUUGGCAUCUCACGCGUUCCUCCGCGCGUAUCUAAAACUUGUGUUUGGUUCUCCAUGUCAUGAAGACGGAGGCGCUACGAACCGGAUCGAUGAGACUGGAGGCUCCGUUUCUGGAAACGAUCAGCUUUUGGAGCGACCGCGGCGAUGCGCUUCGUCCUCCCUCCACUUCUCCUCGCAUGGGUUCAGAUUGCACUGCUGCUGUGUAGCUUCCUGGAGGCACUAGCGGUGGAUGAUGUGGAUUUCGGCGAGCACGUGGAGACCCAGACAGGCACGAGAGACAGUCUGAGCAGAAAGCAUCACCGGGUCUACCAGCUGUACAGCAAGACCAGCGGAAAACACGUGCAGGUGCUGGGAAGGAAAAUCGUCGCCACGGGAGAAGAUGGGGAUAAAUAUGCCCAGCUCGUGGUGGAGGCAGACACCUUCGGGAGUCAGGUGCGAAUUCGGGGCAAAGAGACCAACUUCUACCUGUGCAUGAACCGCAAGGGGAAACUGGUUGGCAGGAAAGCCAACAGUGCAAAUUCUGAGUGCGUCUUCAUCGAGAUGGUUCUGGAGAACAAUUACACGGCCUGGAUGUCGGCGCGUCAUACCGGCUGGUACAUCGGCUUCACCAAAAAGGGUCGACCUCGCAGAGGGCCUCACACUCUCCCGAACCAGCAAGACGUGCACUUCAUGAAGCGUUUUCCUCCCGGUGAGCAGCCGAACCUGCAGCACAGCAGCUUCACCACCGUUAGCAAGAGGAACAGGAGGAUGCAGGAGACCAGCGCUAGUCCUGACUCACAGUCAGAACACCGUCACACGCUUGUAUAAAGGAUCCUGUCGUGGAGGACUGGAGUCACACUUACCAAACCUGCCAGGUGUAGGUCACUUCACUUCCAUAUGGAGGUCAAAUUUAGACCGAAUGCAAAUGCUGCGUAAUCAAAGACGGCUGGGCGCGAGUCCAGGGAACAAACUUGGAGACUCCUGACUCCUGACAAGGGCACGCACGGCUCUGUAAAGCCGACAGAAAAUCCUCUCCAGCAUCCACUACUAUUAGCGAGUCUGGUCAGACAGUGAGUUUCACAGAUAUAAAACCCCUGUGAAAGGUGAAAGGCUCAUGUCUACAUUAUUCUGAUCACAUACCUUCUUGAGUUAAAUAAUCCUGCUUGAAAUGUUAAUCAAUAGGAUAAAAUGCCUAGGCAUGUAAACGACAAGAAAAAGCCAAAUGUAGCUAAUAUCAUGAAUAAUGGAACAAGAAUCCUAGCAACAACCUGCAUGACGGGAUAAAGAUUUAAGAGCAACGUGUUGGUAUGAGCUCAUACAGACAUCCUGGUGUAUAGACUCUUAGGAAAAAACUUACGUCUAUCAACUUAAAGUCUCUAAAGAGUUCUGCGGGUUUCUGGAGUUAAACACGUUUCUGCGUCCAGCAGAAUUCGAAAUGUGUAUGAGAAAAUUUGGCCUCUUUAUUUCAGCCAUGCAGCUUUUUAAUUUGCCAACAGAACACAAUAGGACCAACUUGCAGGUUAGUGACGAAAACUCAAUAACUAUAAUGAGUUGUAAUGUACAGAAUAGUAAAAAAAAAAAGGAAAACAAGGAACCCUGGAUAAUGCUUCAGUACCCUUCUGGGUCUCUAGAACCUUCCUUGAGAAUCCUACUUUCUAACAUUUCUUAUGAAGGAGCUCUUUAUUAAAACCCUAAACAAUCCAAGAGAACCCUUGGAGAUCCUUUGGAGGACGCUUUGUACUGCGAGUCACAUUACGGUGUGAAACCGAUACGCUUCAACGUUCAUUUACGUUAUAGAAUUUCAGUUAUAGAGCUUAUAGAUCUCUCUAAACUCACUUCUGGAUCUUUGAAUUAUCUCUUGCUUGUGUUCUGGCUAAUCAUUUAUGGAGUUUGUUGGGCUAUGAAUCAUCGCUGGAAUGAUAUUAAGAAAUUUUAGUCUUAUUAUAUAUUGCUUGAGUUCCUAGACGUUGGGGUAAAGUCAGAAUUUUCCGAAUUUUGGUGCAUGACUUGGACUCGCUUUUAACUAGGACUUGAGCCUCAAACUUGUCUUGAGACGACGGAGCAUUCAAGAGUGUUCGACUCUCCAACUUGCCUGUUAGUAAUCAGAGCUUUUUGCUCCAUAUACAGUAUAAUCAGCUGCUUACAGGCCCUGAGCCACCAGGGGACCCUGUAAAAAAAAAAGUUAUAUGUUUUUCUAAUAUCUUUUGGUGAUAAAAGACAACAGUUCAGGUUCUGGCAGGGGGCAACUUUGUGGUCUGCACCAGAGGUACCAGAGAUGGUAUUAUUAAUAUUAUUAUUAUUAUUACUUUGAGCCCUAAUGUUAAACAUCUUUGUUAGUAAUUGUUUUCUUCAACAUGAAAUAACGCUAGUCAAAGCUCGCUACCACAGCUGACUGCAAUUCAUUAAAAACAAAACAGACUUCCACUGAAAAAUUAAAUCACCAGCGGUGGCAGCGUUCUCCCGCUGCGAUAACAUUUGGGACUUGACAUUUACAUUUAGUCCUUUACCAGAUGCUUUUCUCUUCUCUAAUCUUCUCUUCUCAGAAACAAGUUACAAAACAGAUGAAAGCACAGCCAUAGUCGAGGAUUAGAGACAAAUGCUGGGCUAUAAAGCGUUAGCACGGUCUCUCUGGAGGUGGUGAAGACAAAAACGUAGAGGCAAAUCUAUAAAUGAGAAGUAAUGCGACAACCAGUUCAAAGAAAAUUAUAAAGGAACUUGAAAUCAUGUAGCAGCUUAUAGACUCGAAGCUUGAGGAUAAGAUGGCUUGGACUCGACUGGGACUCGUCUGGGACUUGCUGGAGUUCUCCAGAAGUCACUGACCUCCAAUUAUCCACAUUUUUUCCCUCUUUUUCGCUCCUAUAACAACCUGAACUAAGCAAGUAAGCGUAAUGCACUAUAGACAUAUACACCGAGAGAUUAUACUAAGAAACGACCAUUUUUAAAAGCAUGUGACCCUGACAGUAUGGAAAUAUUCACCAUAUUAAUCAUCCACAGUUGGAUGUAAAAGCUCAGACACAGAACUGCAGUGUGGUACCUAAGACUUACUCAAUAUACACCGUAUCAACACACACCAGUAUGUUAUGGAUGUUUUCGUUUUUCUUUCUUUUUUUGUUUAAAGUGACUCUGUUCAUUUCACGAGGUCUUAUUUGGGGCCUUGAACGAACGGUGGACGAUAUGGUCUAGGAGAAUAACUAACCACUAAUAAAUAAACGGCAGACGGUUUUCCACAGGAACUUGGGAAGUGUUAGAUUUGAUCCAAAUUGUGUAACACCAGAGGCCUGAACUGAGCCUCACUAACACGAUUAACGUUGACUACGGAAUAAAACACUGUGCAUCAUGCUGUUAUAGACAAAUAAUCAAUGACUGGGUGACAGCAAGUCCCAAAAGUGUUCUGUUCAUCUUAUAACCUAAGAAUUCGAAUCAAAAUUAGUAAUGUGUGGAAUCCACAAAACCUACAUUAUAGCAUCUAGAAAACAAAAAACUAAAUAAAUAAAUAACUUAAUUCAAUAAAUAAAAAAAAAAUCAGACAGAAUUUGUUACAAGAAUCAUAAAAACAUAGACUUAUCCGUUUAGAAGAUGUCGGAAAAAUGUCUCUCGUAGACCGCUGACGCUGGAGACUCCUUCCGUAAAUAUCCGGUAAAUUUAAUUCUCUGUAUUGAAAUUUGUUCAACCAAACUGUCAGCGCUGCUGUUAAAGCGAAUUUAAUCAACACCUUCGGACCAAUCGGAAUCCAGAAUUCAGCAGCGCCGCGUUUCAAAACCGAAAACGCAACUACGCUGUAGGCUAUUUUAAAAAUUUCGAACCGAAUGUUUUUUUUUCUUGUUCCCUAACAAGUGACAUAUCGCCCACCCUAUUGAUAUAACCUUCCGUCUGUUGUCUCGUAACAUGUACGAGUUGAUAAAGCUGACACAGGUACCACCCUGUUCGAUGUACAGUAAAAAAAAAAAAUCAUGUACAGUUUUUUUUUUGUUUUUUUGUCUCAUUGUUACUGGGGCUAAAACUGAAAGAAGAAAUAUUUUGAUACAGGAUGCUAUUAAAAAAAUAUUUAUUUUCUUGA